CCACCGGCACCACCGGCACCACCGGCACCACCGGCACCACCGGCACCACCGGCACCACCGGCACCACCGGCACCACCGGCACCACCGGCACCACCGGCACCGGGCCGAGCCGAGCCGAGCCGCUGGGUACGGGGGCACCGCGGGGCCGGGCCGGGGCACUGCACCACGGAUUGCAGCUGGAAUCUCCUUCCCCCGCAUAACGGAAAAAAAGGCCUGGCUUAUGUCUGUGUGUACGUGUAUAUAUGUCUGUGGGCCUGUGUGAGCACUGGGGCCAGGUGCUGACAGUCACUGGCUGGGAGGGAGGACCUGGGAUGAGUUUGAAGUCUGGACUGUCUGAGGUGCUCCAUCUGUGAAUGUCUGCACGCUCCUGGGCUUCCAUCUCUGCCAGCGUGGCACCUUUCACCUCUGGAUAAAGCUGCUCUUCAGUUUUGCUUUGCAGAGCAAGUUCCUGCAGAAAAAGAAGACUGGAUCUGAUUUCCCAAGAGGCCGUUGAGUCACGUGUCACAUCGAGAGCCACUGUUAGAUGUCCCCAUGUUCCUUGCCAGGACAUGCCAUCCCUCCUGGUGACUGCCACUUCCUGCAGGAGGGGACCUGAGUGAUUCCUGCCCAGCCUGGACACCUGUGUGCCCCCGUUUGCCUUUCAGAGCUGUCUCUUCAAGUGUACUGAGAAACAAAUGGGAGCUCGAGGUGCUGUGCCGCAGAAGCGAAUGAUUGCUGCCAGCCAUGUCCCCAGCUGAGCGGGUCCCGCAGCCCUCUGCCCCCAGGGCCUGUGCCAGUAGCCACUCUGGGGUUUGCUGAGCCACAGGGUUCAUGUUGAGCGUGUUGUGUUUUAGGGUUUUGAGGAAAAUGCAGAGGCGGCACAGCAGCAACACGGACACCGUGCCUCCUGAAAGGAGCCGGAGCCAGACGCUGAGCUCGGAGGCCAGCGUGGACGAGAGCGGCGUGUUCGAGAGCCUCAAGGCCGAGGCCGCCUCCCCUCAGCAGCUCUUCUCGGGGCUGGCCGGCAUCCCCGCGGCCUCCAUCGCCUCCGCGCCCUUCCCGGCGGGGCUGGUGCUGGGCUCGGCGGCCGGAGGGGGAGAAGUGUUCAUCCAGAUGCCGGCCCCGAGGGACGAGGCGGCCGGGCGGGCCGAGGGGGCCCCGUUCCACCACCGGGCCCCGGCCCAUCACUUCCAGCACGGCCACCACCGCGGCUCCUCGCUGCUGCACAUGGCCGGGGGCGACCGGCACGGGCACGCCGAGGAGGGCGCCGAGGAACAGGCCGGAACCCCGGCCCCGGCUCUUUCGGAGCUCAAAGCUGUGGUUGGGUGGCUGCAGAAGGGACUUCCCUUCAUCUUGAUCCUCCUGGCUAAAGUUUGUUUCCAGCACAAGCUUGGAAUUGCUGUGUGCAUUGGCAUGGCCAGCACCUUUGCCUACGCCAACUCCACGCUCCGAGAACAGGUGGCUCUGAAGGAGAAGAGAUCAGUGCUGGUUGUCUUCUGGAUCCUGGCCUUUCUCACUGGAAACACCCUGUACUUGCUUUACACAUUCAGCUCUCAGCAGCUUUACAACAGCCUUAUAUUCCUGAAACCCAACCUGGACAGGCUGGACUUCUUUGACCUGAUGUGGAUUGUGGGCAUUGCAGACUUUGUGCUGAAGUACCUCACCAUUGCCCUGAAAUGCCUCGUCGUGGCCCUGCCCAAGAUCAUCCUCGCCGUCAAGUCAAAGGGAAAGUUUUACCUGAUUAUUGAGGAGCUGAGCCAGCUGUUCCGCUCCCUGGUGCCCAUCCAGCUGUGGUACAAAUACAUCAUGGGGGAUGAUCCAUCCAGCAGCUACUUCCUGGGUGGCAUCCUGAUCAUCAUGUACAGCCUCUGCAAGUCUUUUGACAUCUGUGGCCGUGUGGGAAGUGUCAGGAAGGCACUGAAGGUCCUUUGCACCCCGCAGACCUAUGGAGUCCGUGCCACGAGCCAGCAGUGCAGUGAGGCAGGAGACAUCUGUGCCAUCUGCCAGGCAGAGUUCAGGGAACCUCUGAUCCUUCUGUGCCAGCACGUGUUCUGUGAGGAGUGCCUGUGCCUGUGGUUCGACCGGGAGAAGACGUGUCCCCUGUGCCGCUCGGUCACCGUGGAGACGCUGCGCUGCUGGAAGGAUGGCACCACCUCUGCCCACCUGCAGGUGUACUGAGAGCAGGGCACCCGUGCCCACUGCAGGGGUACUGACAGCAGGGCACCCGUGCCCACUGCAGGGGUACUGAGAGCAGGGCAGCUCACCAGGCACGGAGCAGGACAAUCCCAGGAUCCCUGCUCAGUUCUGUUGUCAGUCCUUCUUCCAGCUCUGAGCCAACACAAUUGUGACUGGCCAGAAACUUUACCCUCAAAGGAAGGGGAGGUGUGGGUUAUGCUGUGGCAGACUCCAGGGUGUUUCUGGAGCUUACAGGGUUAUAAAGUGUCUGGGAGGUUUGCUAUUUUCCUGUCCUUUCAGUAUGGACAAACACUGCGUGUCCAGGGCAGGGGAGCUGUGAGUGCAUGUGCUGAACAAAGCUGUGCUCCACAUCACCUGGCCCUACAUUCCCUGAGUCCAUGACUUUAGAGAGUUACAGAGCAGCUCUCUCUAAGAACUCUUCCCAAGCAGUGCUUCAGAACCUCGUGUCCACAGUUGCAGAAAUGUCAUUUCCCAUUUCCCAGCUGCUGUUUUUCCAAUUGAAUCCACAAAUGGCACGUGCUGUCACUUUAGGAAAAUCACAGGGAGCUUGGGAAGGACCCUGCCAGUGAAGCUGGAAAUGACAGCUCCUUUCCCUGGAAAUGUUCUUCCUCUUUACUUUUCAUGGUGAGACUUUCUGAUUUCCCAGUCUCUGGGGAAAGCAGAGGGAGGUUGAAGUUUAGUUGGGUUUGUCUGGAUGGAAAUCCAGCGCCUGAUUAAGAGUAUCUCACAAGCUCAGUGUCCCUGCCCUGUGCUCCUCAGCCAGGACCUGUCUGGGUCCUCGAGGAGGGAAAACCAGAGCCGUGAACAGGAGCUCCUGAGGAAGGAGAUCCCUGGCAGGAAUUAAUAGGGAUUAACCCCAUCCCUGUGGCUGAGCUCUCUGCUGAGGUUCUCCAGCAGUACAAGCCCUCAGAGGGAGCUGCUGUUUGUUUUGGAGCUUUCCCUGUCCCCAAACCACCUCUGCUGCCACCCCCAGGAGCAGCAGCAUCCCCCCAGCUCAUUGCCAUGGAAAUGGCUGAAGGUGACAGCCCCACUGAGCCAUCAGCAGGAAGAGGCUCCUGAGGGAAGGAGGCUGUGUCUGUGCUGAUGGAAACUCCACAGGGGAGGAAUUAAAGCCAACGGGAGCUGAUGGAACAGGAGUAAGACUCCACAUUUCUUUGGAAAUAAGCUCAGUGUGGCUGAGGAGGAAUGGUGAGAGCAGAGCCUGAGCUGGGCAGAGUCCAAACCUGGCUUGGGAGGUCCAGGGAAGCGGAGGAGGAAAAGCUUUACUUUCCAAACCAAAAUGAUGUCAAAUUCUUGUCUAAUGGAUCCUGUGAAAGUGGAGAACUAAGCCAAGGAAUCUCAUUGCUCUCUGCAAUGGGAAUAGCUCCCCUAUCUUUGGGAUGGGACAGAGUUCAGAACGGCAGGGAGCAAGGUUUUCAUUGGGCAUUAAAAAUGUUAUGUGUGAUAGUCUGGAAUAUUCACCAGGAAAAGGGAAAUCAGUGAUUCCAUGGGCAGGGAGUUUCUGAAAGGCCUCAGUGUCACUGCAGUGCCAGUGAACCCAAGGCUUGGUGUUUCUGCUCUAAAACUGUUUGGAAAGCUACUUCUCAUUCUGAUUUUUUUUCCCUAAAUGCUCCUGGAAAAUGUGUUUGGAGAAGUGUAGGAAAAGCUCAGUAGGACCCAGCUCUACAGAAAGUGUGGGAUACACUGCUUCAAAAUUCAGUUUUUAUUGGUGGUAAGCAGGAAAUCAAAGGGAAAGGUGGGUUUGCAUUCUUAAAGUUUUGGGGUUUUUUUUUUGGGAGGGAUGGUCCUGCUUUCUCCUAGAACACGACACUUGGACCAGAAAACAUCCAGGGGAAACUUCAGUUCCAGUGACAGCUGCUGGGAACCUGUUGACUCCCAUGGGGAAACAGGAAAGGCUGUGGAAGGAAAUUCCUCAAAGGAAAUAAAACCCAGAGCCUUUUUUUGCCAUUGAACAGUUAUUUUUCUUUUUUUU